AUGGACGGAGUCCGCCAACCUAAACACACCACUUCACCUGACAUGAAGUCUCUUCGGUCGUCGUUCUCUUCCGUUCGAGAGGACGACGCAGACCUCGCCCAGACCUUCACUAGCACCAAGGUCUCUUCCUAUUCCAAACCAGCAGAAGAAGCCAUCGCAGAUCAGUCACAGCCCUCGUCGCCGAGUGUGGCCAUGUCGGAGACGCAGUUCGUGCCACCGGUGACGCGGCCGAACAGCAGACUGCACGGCUGUUGGUUCCCCGCUGUCGCCGCCGAUAGCUUCCAGGGAUGGAAGCAGAUAGGCGUCAAGGGCAGACUGGCCAGCAAGAGUUUCGGGGAUUUGCAAUCUUUGAAGAUCAUCUGGUCAACGCCAGCAGCGCCCCCGAAGACGAAAGACCCCGAGCGACCACUCCCUAGUAAGGCACCAAUCGAGACUUUGCCUGCUGAACUUCUUGUCCAAAUCAUCGGCUAUCUUGUGAUUGAUGUACCCCCGAACGGCAUCUCGGCCCGCAAUGUGGACUUGAUGUCCAUGUUAUUGGCUUCACGGACACUGCACUCGGCGACGCUGAAUGCACUCUACAGAAAUAUCACGAUCCCCCACUCGAGGAUCUUCCGGAAGUUCUUAUCUCACGUCUCGCAGAACCAGGAACUGGGCACCAUUGUACGGCGGCUGGACUUCAGUCACUUCAACCCCACCACGCUCUUCUCGACGGCCGCGGAGCGAGCUACUACCCGCAAUUUGACUCCUGAGACGCUGCUGCAGUGCUUAGAGCUGACUCCGUACCUCAAAGGGUUCCUGGCACAGGAGUAUAUCGACGACGAGCUCGACGGAAACGUUCUUAGGAAAUUAUUCUUCGGGCUGGAGAGGCUGAGGGCGCUAGACUUCUGCGGGUGCUCUUCUACAGUCUUCAAGGGAGCCUUCCUGUCAAUCCUCCUGUCGGAUUGGCCGGAUACCCUCGGUCUCAGACGGCUAUCUCUCCAUAAAAACAUCAAUCUGCCACCAACCGUCUUUGAGACCCUGCUCCCUCGACUCGGCAAGUUGACACACUUGGACGUCGCAGGCACGCGCAUGACUGACGAGGCACUCGUGUCCAUCCCACAUACUGCUCGAAUUACGCACCUGAACCUAGCCAAGUGCAACUCACUGACAGCUGAAGUUGUCAUCGACUUCAUUGAGAACCAUCCUGCGGUCAAGGAUCUGGUCUACCUGAGCCUAGCAUCGGACGCGCGAAGCCACCAACUGCUAGACGAGGACGACGUGACACGGCUGCUGCCGAUCCUACCCUCCACCCUGCGAUCCCUCAGCCUCAAGGGCAGCAAGAUGGCCGCGUCGCACAUCGACAUGCUCCGGCCCCUCUCGAAGCACCUUGAGGAACUGGCGUUGGGCCGCCGCCUGAAGAUCACCGAAAUCAACCGCCUCUUCGUGCCCGACGAACCCAACAGCGCCGAAGGGGACGUGAGCCAGGACCAGCUCGAGUGGGUGCCCCACACCCUCAAGUACCUCGACCUCUCAGACUACUACGCCGCCGAGCUAGACCUGAGCGCGCUCUUCGCCCGCUCUACGUCCAUCAUGAAAAAAUAUUCGGCGCCGCUCGAGAUCAUCGAAGUCGUCGACGAUCUCUACUCGCGGCUGUCCAAGUCCAACGUCGUCAAGCAGGCCGGAUGGACGGUCAGGGACUCUGGAAGCCGGGCGUGGCUGGUGCGCGUCCCCGACGACGGCGAUCAGGCGCGCGACUCGGGCCUGCGGAGCUGGAAGAUGGGCGCUGCGUUCUGGGGCAUGAGAAAAAUCCCCGUCGCGGCUUCGGAGGUGGGUGGAAUGUAUGGGUCUUAUAUGUUUAAGCGGAAGUUGUGA